AUGACUGGCGCCUAUAUAAUAUCAGACACAAUAAUUGUGACACUCUCAUCGCUCUCCGUCCGAAACCAACGUCCCGAGCAGUCCCUUUCAACAACAAAGGUUGAACCAUGGGAAGACUCCCUGAGAACCGACCCUUCUCAACCCGGUGUAUUCGAAUGGUGGUACUUCGACUCUCACUUGGCCAAUGGCGGAAAGCUCAUGGUGGUAUUCCAUACCAAGCUCUUCACCAGCCCUCAAGUCGGACUCGAACCCAAGAUUCAGAUCCAACUCGAGACACCCGAUGGCCGAGUCUGCAAUGUCUUGCAAGCCUACAACCCAGAUGAGUUCCACUCCAGCAGAGAUGAGUGCGAUGUCACCAUCACUAGAGAUGGCGUUGUCAACUUCUUCCGUGGCACGGGGCUCAAGGAGUAUCACAUUCGCGUGACGGUCGAGAGCCUUGAUAUCGACAUCCAAAUGACCAACACGACCUCGCCCUGGCGCCCUGGCAAAGGCCACGUUUGGUCCAAGGACAACGAAUAUUUUGAUUGGUUCGUGGCGGUGCCCCAAGGGAAAGUCACCGCUACUUAUACCAUUGCUGGCGAGUCGCCAGUCACGGUGGACGGCGAUGGAUACCACGACAAGAACUGGGGCAACGCGCCGCUCGCUCAGACGAUCAACCAUUGGUACUGGGGCCGAGGAACACUCGGGCCUUACACUGUCAUCUCAUCCGCAAAUGUUUUCUCCGAGAAGCACGACUCUGUUCUGGUCAAGACCUUUAUGAUCCAGCACAAGGAUACUGUCGUGGCUGAUGAUGGAUCCAAGGUUAGCUUCAAUGCUGAAGGCAUCGAAUAUGAUGACAAGGUUGACCGCCCUGUUGCCGACACACUUCACUUUGAAUACCAGAAUGAAGGCACAGUCUUCGUCAUUGAGUACCUCAGAGAAGAGACCACAUUGCGCCAGCAGAUGAGCGGGGCAUGGUAUCUCCGUUUUGCCGGCGGGAUGAAACUCAAAAAGUACCAAAACAACGAGCUGGUUGAAGAGCAUGUGGGCCACACUCAAUGGGACUCGAUGUGGUUUGGACAAGGGCGUAAAGAAGCCCUUCCUUACAGGAAAUGA